CAUUUUCUAAUCACGUAUUGUGCAAUAACCGAGUACGAAGACACAACAAAGCUAAAAGAAGAGGUACACGACAAGACGCCGCAAUGCUAAGUGGAGCUGCAAUCAUCAAGAAUGGCAUCGUGCGCAAUUUACGCUCGGCCAGCGAGCAGCUCCAGCCGUGCGGCAUCGAUCUCUCCCUGCGUCGCGUCCUCGCCUGGACCUCGCCAGCCACCAUCGACUUUGACAACUCGACGCGACGGGCUGCGUGCACCUCGACGCUCCCAUUUUCCGAGCCCUCGACCAACAGCACGGCGGCCGACGUAGUCCAGCUCGCCCAAGGGGCAUACCUGGUCGAGUUCAACGAGACCGUCGACAUCCCACUGGACUGCAUGGGCCAGAUAUUCGUGCGGUCGUCUCUGUGGAGGUCGGGCGCAACCAUUACGGCCGGCGUGGUCGACGCCGGGUACCAGGGCGCUCUGGGUGCGCUGCUGGACGUGAGGAACCCGGCCGGCAUUGUGCUCUGCAGAAACGCCAAGCUGGGACAGAUCACUCUGCACAGAAUGGAGGAGAAGGUGGCUGGAUAUAGUGGCAUCUAUCAAUUUUCCGCCGACAGCGUGGGCCGUGACGGACAAAGCACGCAAUCUGUCUCAGAUGUUGACAGCGUCUCAGAUAUUGACAGCACGGGGAAAUCCCAACCAUAGAUGCUUGUUUGGAUACAGAAGGACAAGGCGUCGGGUGCCUGACACUUCUUUGGGGCAGUGGGAUGUUUUCUAGCUGAAUUGAAAAUUAUUUUCGGCCUGGAAGAUGAAGAUGGGUUCCAAUGCAUCAGCCACUAUAUCCUACGUUAACAACAAGUACUACGGAAUUAGCACCUCGAAUAGUAGAGUUGUUAUGGAAUUGAUAGUUGCUGUUAGUGCAUACACCCCCGGCGUCAGCUUGCGGCGAUAAUUACAUUCUCUUAUCUUA